AUGCCUUCAUCAGCAAAUGGAGAACCCCGAAUGCCAGCCCCAUGGCUCUGGACUGGAGUUGGAUUCAAAAUUGGAAGGAGUGGAAUUAUUAGAGACAGCCUGGGUAACCUGGUCUUGGCCUAUGCAAGGAAUUUUGACUCUAUUUCGAGUAACAUGGCAGAGGCUCUUGCUCUUUUUUGGGGGCUGAAGCUGGCCCUGAGCACUCAAGCCAAGAAACUGAUUAUUGAAGGGGAUUCUAAACUGAUUAUUGAGGCUACUAAAUGUGCCUCAGGGAUCUGCUGGAGAAUCAAAAAUGUUAUCAAAGAUAUCUGGUCUAUGAUUGUCUGGUUGGAAGAUUUUAAAAUUCAACAUACCUACAGAGAGGGAAAUGGGGUGGCAGACUCUCUGGCUGUGAUGUGGCUAGAUAUUAAAGGAAUGAGGUGCUGGAAGCACUUAGGCUCUCUCACUGACAAACAUAAUGCCCUUAUUGGGAAUGAUCAAAUUGCCCGUAUCCAUCAAUGA